AUGGCGGCCAUAGGUAGUUCUGGGGCCGAGUCCUCCGGGCUUGUCAAUACCCUUCAAGGCCAUGUGGAUGAUAUCCGAAGCUUAAUACAGUGUGGUAUCUGCAUACGGCCAUUAUACGAGCCUUUCACCCUUGCCUGUGGACACACCUUUUGCUACUCCUGUCUAUCGUCAUGGUUUGCUGGUGGACGGUCGAAGAGGACAUGUCCAGAUUGUCGAGCACCCGUCAAAACACAGCCUGCGCCGGCCUACUUGGUUCGAGCUGUCGUUCAAAUGUUCACCACCCGUGCAGAGCUUUUAGAUGCAGAAGAGACAACCGCAGAACACUCAAAAAACCAUAAAGAGGAAAUAGAAAAGCUUGACAACGACAAGGCAAACACAGAUCCGCAAAGCGGAGGUCUAUUUGGUGGACUUUUUACACCGAAACCCCCUCAACUGAAACCUGUCAUCGAUAUAGAUGAUGGUAUCAUGCGCUGUCCGAAUUGCUCUUGGGAACUUGAAGACGGCCAGAACUGCGCAGGUUGUGGCUACGUCUAUCGGCCAGAUUCAGAGGGUACAUACUCCAGUGGGUCGGACUUAAGCAGCGAAAGCGAUUACGAUUCUAUUUUAGACGAUGAUGAUGAGGACGAGGACGAGGAUGGGAUAGACGAUCCAGACGCUCCGACAAUUCAAUCCCGGGUCGGCGCACCAUUCCACGCAUACGACAGAUCUAUAAGCUUCGGUCCGAUUUUCCCCGACUUACAUACACAUCCGUUCUAUUUCCCUGGUCUUCGGCCAACCGGCACUGGGCACCAUCCUUGGCAAGCACGGGAUCACUUUGAUGGCAAUGCUCCCUAUGAUCCCUAUGGGGAAGGGGAAGAGGAAGAGGAAGAGGACGAAGACUAUUACGAAGAGUCCUUCAUUGACGACGAAGAACAUACGCAGCGCGAAAGAGAAGGAUCUGAAUCCGAUCAUUCUACAGUGGUUGGUAGUUCUCGUGCUCGUAACCGACCUUCUUCACGGGGGCCGCCUUUCGUACAGUACCCUCAGGUGUUUGGCCCUUCUUCUGCAGCCGAGCCGGAGGACUACGACUGGGAAAGCGAAGACGAGGAGUCAGUCCCUGGGAGACUGCCGAGACGAAGAUAUGUCGUCGACAGUGAUGACUCUGACGCAGAAUCUGGCGAAACACCGGAUGGCAAUGGGUCUGAUGAUAUGCUCGGCGGCCUCGAAGAGGAUUCUGAUUCCGACGAUUCCGAGGGCCCUCAUCUAAGUGCUGGCCGUAGCCAUUUCCCACCAGUUAUUCCCGCGUCGGACGAUGAUGAGAUUGAAGAUGGCUCUAGCUCGCCUCCCAGGACCAGACCUUCAAGGAACACAGGGUCAUCUGCUAACAACGCCAUCGCCGUUGAUGAUUCGGAUGAGGAGGAACCUGUUGGCCCUGUACGAAGAGCUAGCCAGAGAAGACGAGCCCGAUUUUCCCCGUACUGA